UUGCUAUUCCUCCAUGCUUUGGACUUGGAGUGAGUGCUUCUCCCAGUCACACUCCAACAGAGCACAAACCAUCCAAAAAAAAAUGAAAAAAACUAAAAACAACUUUUUCACUGAGAAGACGAAAAACCAGAUGAAAGCUUGGGUACCGGUAAAACAGGUGAAAACAAUGGAGAGUGAAAAACAAAAACAAGUUGUAAAAGAAGAAGAAGAAGAAAAACGCAGUUUGGAGAAGGAGCAACAACAAGAGGAGAAGAAGAAGAAGAUUCUCUCUUCUCUUCCUCCAAACUAUGUCACUCUCAAUCAACUUCGUGAACGUUGGUUGUUGAAGCAACAAAAUGAAAUCAAUCAACAAAAACAAGAGGAUGAAGAAGAAAAGAACAAAGAUCAUCAACCACUGAAGGAACGACACGUGGCUGUUAUGGCUCCUGUUAAUGGAAAUCGCGAGGACUCGGCGAUUGAGCGGCAUGCAAUCGGUGUUGAUUCUGAAGACGGCCGGAAAUCGGUUGCCGGAGGUGAAAUCGGCGGCGGAGAUGAAGAUCUGAACGGUAAGAUUGAUGAAUCGAAGGUAUCGGAGACGAUGAAGAAAAAAUACAAGAAUGGAUGGAGAAAGAGAAAGGCGGGGAAGGGUAAGGUGGAGGAGAAGGGAGCGAUUGAAGAAGGCAGUUCUGCGGAGGAGAAAACGAUAAUGCGAAUCGAAUCGAAAGACGUGAAGAACUCGAAAUCGAGAGCAGUGGAUGAAGUUGAACAAAAUUUUAGGGUUUUAUCUGUGAAAUCUGGGAAUGGAAAACAGAAUCGGAAGUUCAAGAAAAUGAAUGACGCUGGUUUUCGUCAAUCUCAAUCUAUGAGGAACAAUCGCAAUGGUGGUGGUGAUAGUCAUGGCCAUGGUCAUGGACAUGGUUAUGGUCAUGGGGAUUCUAAGGCUGAGAUGAUUUGGGUGAAGAAGGAUAACAAUAUUGGGGAAAUUGAGACCUAGCUUGGUUUUCUGGUUAAUUUUAAUUAAUUUUAGUGGUUUAUAUUUUACAAAAAAAAAAAAGAUUAUUAUGUAAUCAAGUGAUAUGAUAUGA